AUGUUUGGUUCGUGGUUAGAUGAAUUAGAUGAUUUACUGAGUGUAUUAUAUACUGAUUCGAUAGGAGAAAAUAAGUUGUCUCUUAUCCAAUUGGAUUAUAUAUAUACAAACAUAAUUAAGCCAUACAAUUUGACCUCAAGAAUGCUACUGGAUCAACUUUUACAAAAUAAACCAACUGUACCAAGUAUAGCAUUCUUUGUUUUGGAGACUGCAGUAUUAAAAGAAUCUAUGAAAACGGAGAAGCAAAAAGAUUUUGAUGAGCUAUGCUACAGUGUUUCUUCAGCUUUAGACUUACAAACCCAGAAUUGGAACUGGAUGGUCACAAGCAAUAGUCAUGAAUACGAACAUUAUUUCUAUUACAGAAUAAGACUAUUAUGUGCCCUAUUGUAUAAAAUAGCUAAUAAAGAUGUAACUAUAACAGAUCAAAGCAUAGUUUUGAAUAUUUUGGCCUCUCUUUCAUAUCAUAUACAUCCAAGACUUCCAUGGACAUCUGAGCUCACUUCGAAAACUAUUCAAAAUUUUAUAGAGAAUAAUAAUGAAGUGAUAGAUAUGAUACACGAUAUUAUACCACUGUACAUAGAAGAAAAACUAAAACCUGAAUUAUUAGAUUUGUCCCCAACAAAGCGGCAAUCUGUAAGUAAUUCAUUAUCCAAUCCUAAAAUAACUCCAGCCGGAUACGCAAUAGUAAAGCCUGGAAAUAAUAGAUUAUUACAAGGCGGCCUUAGACCAAAAUUGGGGUAUGGUGGAACAAGUACAGAAAUUAGUACGGAAGAUCAAAGGCAAAGAUGGAAAUCAUCUACAAAGGUAAAGUCCAUUUCUAUGGUAUGGUUUGUUAUUUAUGUAAUAUCAAAGAAUGAAUACCUAGAUCAAUUUUGGCCAUUAAUAACUUCGUUCAUUCUAAAUUUAAUUGAUGAUUAUGAUCCUCUCAUGAAGAGCCAAAGUUGUGAACUAUUACACUACUUUAUGUUUAUGACGGAUAACAACGAGGAUUAUAAAAAACAUAUAUUGUUGAAAACAGGGCUUGUCGACUUAUUGAUUGAAUCAUGUAAAACCUGUUUAACUUACUUGCCAAAUCUAACUCCAAGUGAUCAGUCAUAUCACUUGUUAAAAAUUGCAUAUCCUACUGUUAUUAAUCUAUGUGUUUUAAAAGGCAAAAGAGAAGCUAAUCAUCUGUGUUUGAUUGAAUUAAUAAAUGAAAAUAUUCUUACUUCAAUAACCCACCUACAUAAUAGAAGUGGUCCCAAUUUAAAUUAUCCACAUUUGUCGCUUUUGUUUGAUCAACUAAAUAUAAUAAUAAAGCUUUACUUAAAAUCUAAUGUUCUUAUCUGUCUUUCUAGAUUAAACUAUACAUUAAACCAAGUCAUGAGUAAUCCUAAUAUUUUCGAAGAAGAAGUCGACGGAAUAUAUUGUAUCAAGUCUGCUUUGAAUGUGCAAAGAUCCAUUUUUGAGUUAUUUAAACUGUUAAAUGAUAGAGAGGGUCUGAGGUUAAUCCUUGACUAUAAAUACGAUUUCCUAGCUAUCUGGUCAAUACUACAGAAAAGGCUUAAAUAUAACGUUGAUGAAAAUUCUAGUUUUGAUAUAUUUAGUCUUUGUGAUUUGAAUAUAAAGCUAUUAGUCCAGCUAGCUAAGAACUGUCAGUUUAAUGAAUUUAAGGAUUUACAGGCCGACCUAAAUCAGAUUCUCCUUGCAAAUCCAGAUUUACAAUUUUCCUUGGAAUAA